CCAGAGUUUGAAAAAGAUAAAGAGACACACCCCUUAAACUACAGAUUUCGUAGAUAGGUUGAAGGCUUCUACUCUGUUUGCUGCCGAAGAUGAUGAAUCGCAUAGCUUUCAUCAAACUCAGAGGUAAUUUCACGACCAAAUCCUUCCUUCUUCAUUCCGAAACCCCUUUCUCAUCUUUCCACAUAGGUUUACAUUCCGAUACUCGCAAUGUUUCCUCAAAUCGAUCUUUGUUUGAUAAAAUUACCAACUUAAAUGAUGCCCUGAACCUGUUCGAUGAAAUGUCACACAGACACCCUUUGCCAUCUGUUGUUAAGUUUACUCAGUUGUUGAACGUUGUUACCAAAAUGAAACAUUUUACUUAUGCACUUAAUCUUUUCAAACAAAUGUGUUCCCUUGGUGUCCCUCUUGAUAAAUACACAUUGAGCAUUGCAAUCAAGUGUUGCUGUCAGCUGCAUCGCACCAAAGACGGUUUUGCACUCCUAGGAUGCUGCUUUAGGCGAGCUAUUUCACCCAAUGUGUACAUAUAUAAUGCCCUCUUAGAUGGACUUGUACUUGAAGAUAAGAUUCUUGAAGCGGAGAUGCUGUUCAAAAAGCUCAUCAAGCAAAAACUUUGUGAACCUAGCGUAGUUACCUACAGUACAAUGAUUAAAGGGCUUUGCAAGUUCGGUAAUAACGUUACAGCACUUGCUUUGCUCAGGCUGAUGGAGCAAAAGAACUGCAAGCCUGAUAUUGUUACAUAUAACACCAUCAUUGAUAGUCUUUGCAAGGAUAAAAUGAUGGAUGAUGCUUUCAAGCUCUUUAAAGAGAUGGUAUUUGAAAAAGGAAUUUUACCAAAUGUCAUCACCUACACCUCUUUAAUUCGUGGCCUUUGUAACUUAGGUCGUUGGGAUGAGGCCUCAAAGCUGCUAAAAGAAAUGGAGGAUGAGAACAUUUCUCCAAAUGUGCAGACCUUUACUGUAUUAGUUGAUGCUUUUUGCAAGGAAGGUAAAGUAGAAGAAGCUGAGGCUGUUAUCAACAUCAUGGUUGAGAGAGGUAAGGCUCCAGACUUAGUGACAUAUAGCUCACUUAUUGAUGGUUACUGUCUGCGACGGGAAAUGUUCAAAGCAAGGGAGAUUUUUGAUUCAAUGACACUUAGAGGUCUCGUUCCUAAUGUUGUUACUUACAGUAGUUUAUUGAAUGGGUAUUGCAAGAAUCUGAAUAUUGAGAAGGCUGAGCAAAUGUUUCGUGAAAUGUCCGGAAAAGGUUUAAAACCCGAUGUAGUCACUUACAACACCAUGAUACAAGGAUUUUUUCAGGUUGGGCGUUGUGUAGAUGCACACAAACUCUUUGAUGAGAUGUAUGCACAAGGCCAAAUUCCAAAUGAAUGCACUUAUCGAAUAGUUUUAGAGGGCCUUUGCAAAAAUCGUCAAGUAGAAGAAGCUCUCUCUUUGUUUCAUUUGGUAGGUGAUAGCAAGCUUAAUUCUGAUAUUGCUAUGUACAAUAUCCUCAUCAAUGGUGCAGGAAAAUAUGGGAAAGUGGAUAUUGCAAAGAAUCUUUUCCAUGACCUAAUUGAUAAAGGCUUGCAACCUGAUGUUCAUAAAAUCACCAACUUGAAUCAUGCACUCAACCUGUUCGAUGAAAUGUCACAGAGACGCCCUCUUCCAUCUGUUGUUCAGUUUAAUCAGUUGUUGACCUCUGUUACUAAAAUGAAACAUUUUUCUACCUCUCUUCAUCUUUUCAACCAAAUGUGUUCUCUUGGCCUUCCUGUUAGUAAUUACACUAUGAGCAUUGCAAUCAAGUGUUGUUGCCAGUUGUAUCGCACCAAAGACGGGUUUGCACUCCUAGGCUGUUGUUUUAGGCGUGCUAUUGCACCGAAUCAGUUCAUAUAUAGUGCACUCUUAGAUGGACUCGUCCUAGAAGAUAGGAUUCUUGAAGUAGAGAUGUUAUUCAAGAAGCUCAUCAAACAAAAACUUUGUGAACCUGAUGUGGUUAUGUAUAACACAAUGAUUAAAGGCCUUUGCAAGUUCAGUAUUAACGUUACAGCACUUGCUUUGCUUAGGCUAAUGGAACAAACAAACUGCAAGCCUAGUAUUGUUACAUAUAGCACCAUCAUUGAUAGUCUUUGCAAGGAUAAAAUGAUGGAUGAUGCUUUCAAGCUCUUAAACGAGAUGGUAUAUGACAAAAGAAUUUUACCAGAUGUCAUCACCUACACCUCUUUAAUUUGUGGCCUUUGUAACAUGGGUCGUUGGGAUGAGGCCUCAAAGAUGCUAAAAGAAAUGGAGGAUGAGAACAUUUCUCCAAAUGUGAAAACCUUUACUGCAUUAGUUGAUGCAUUUUGCAAGGAAGGUAAAGUAAAAGAAGCCGAGGCUGUUAUCAACAUCAUGAUUGAGAGAGGUGAGUUUCCAGACAUAGUGACAUAUAACUCACUUAUUGAUGGCUACUGUCUGCGAGGGGAAAUGAUCAAAGCAAGGGAGAUUUUCGAUUCUAUGACACUUAGAGGUCUCAUUCCUAAUGUUGUUACUUAUAAUAGUUUAUUGAAUGGGUAUUGCAAGAAUCUGAAUAUUGAGAAGGCUGUGCAAUUGUUUCAUGAAAUGACUGGAAAAGGUUUAAAACCCAAUGUAGUCACUUACAACACCAUGAUACAAGGUUUCUUUCAGGUUGGGCGUUGUGUAGAUGCACGCAAACUCUUUGAUGAGAUGCAUGCACAAGGCCAAAUCCCAGACCAAUGCACUUAUGGAAUAGUUUUAGAGGGCCUUUGCAACAAUCGUCAAGUAGAAGAGGCUCUCUCUUUGUUUCAUUUGAUGGGUGAUAGCAGGCUUACAUCUGAUAUUGUUGUGUACACUAUCCUCAUUGAUGGGGCAGGAAAAUGUGGGAAAUUUCACAUUGACAUAUAA